UUUCUCCUCAGUUUACCUGCUCCAGUAAAAAUGGAACUGUUGAAAGGUGCUUACGCUGAUAUAGCCAGUGAUGAAAGUGGAGGAAGUAAUACAAAGAUCAAAGAAGAGAUACUAACCAGCAGUGAAUAUAAUCUGCCUGGUAACUAUUUUCCUGAGGAAGCUGCAAGAAGCUGCAAGGGUGCAAGCGAAGAAGAACGAGAAUUCACUGUGACAUUGGAUGGCAGUGGGAAGAAGCAUGUAGUGAGAGGCAGGGUCUGCGACAGCGUGCUUACUGCUCUCAAGGCUACUCAAAACAUUCGUGCCUGGAUUGACAGAAAGGGGAUGGAAGAGUUCUACUUAUUAGAGAAGAAGCAGGAUUUAAGUGUCUCCAUCAAUCUGGGGAUGCCUUUGAAGUAUGUACCUGAAGGCUCACAAUUUGAAAUGAAGCGAUACAAGCUAAAGAAAAAUGAGGAAACUAACCAAUCAUGGUAUCGCCAAUAUGAUGGUAGAGAAGAAUGUGUAUUGUUCUAUGUCUGGGGAACCAGUUCUAGAAUGCAAACCUGUGGGGCACAAAGCCGUAGGAUAAUUAGAUGCCCCAAGGUGCUUGAAGAAUACUGCCUCUUUUGUAUCUUUGCUCCCAAAGAAGAAUUAGCAAGUGAUGCCGUGUGCAAUGAUGGCCGCUUUCUGCCGAUGCUAGAAAAAAAGAAUUGGGUACUGAUGGAAGGUUCAAAAUGCAGAGAGAAGAACUUUCCAGUUGAAAGCUUAUCAGGUAUGACUUUUGAAAUUCAGGUGAUGACUGAGACGGGUGCCACAUGCAGUGAUGGUCCACGUGAAAAACAGAAGCGUUUACCUUGUAAGAGGCAGCUGAAGGCUUUUGAAAAGCAGCAGCAGGACUCAGAGCAGGGCCAGCUGAAUGCUUUUGAAAAGCAGCACCACCACCACCACUACUUUCACUUUGAGCAGGGCCAGCUCAAUACUUUUAAAAAGCAGCAACAGCAGCAGUACCUUGAGCAGCAUGUCCUGGAUUUGUAUCCUAAGCUGAAGAAGCAAGGAAAAAUAAUUGACAAGUUUUUAAGAGAUCGCCAGUUGCAACUUAAGGAACAGUCUGUCUUUGAAGUUUAUAAAACAGACUUUAGCAAGAAGAUAAAUGACUCUCUUUCAGUCAAGUUUGUGAAGACUCUUGCUAACCAUAGUCAGUCAGUUGGGUAUAUAAGUUGGAACUGGGGUGCAUCAGGGGGUUGCGCAACUUGCUUUGUUCUCACUGGUAGAUAUAUACUAACUUGUCACCAUGUAGUAAGGGAUAUAGUUGGAGAAGGAAUUGAAGAAAAGGACUGGGGAAACAGAAUUAAGCAGUCAGCCCGUGUGACUUUCUCUUAUGAAGAAAUGCAUCCUAGUGAAAAUAACUGGUUCUUAUUUGAGGACUGGUUUGAAAUAUCAGAUAAGGAUCUUGAUUUUGCUGUCCUGAAAUUGGAAGAAAAUGAAAGCAAAAAUCCUCUUCCACCAGGAUUGCUGCAAUUAUUUCCCCCAGCACCACUAGACAGUCCCCUUUUUAUCAUAGGUCACCCAAGUGGAGAAACCAAGUCUAUGGAUGUCUGUUUUCUUAUUGAUAUAUUGGACCGCUCCCGUGAAUGUAUAUCUCGUUGGACACAAGGCAAGGAAAAGGAAUGCUGCAGCAUCAAUAUGUAUAAUCCAAAAGAUUUUGAAGCAAUGACCAAUCCUAAUAUGGUCACUUACGAUACCUCUUUUUUGGGGGGAUCAUCAGGUUCACCUAUAUUUGACAAACGUGGUCAGCUUGUUGGUUUGCAUGCUGCUGGAUAUCUUUAUAAAAUGAAAAACGAAGACUGCAGUGUAAUUGAAUUUGGCUAUUUAAUUCAAUCAAUCCUUUUAAAAAUUGAAUCCAAGUUUAAAUCUCAGUAUGAUGCUAUAAUUGCUCCUGCUUGUUUGACCGGUCCUGGUGCAAGAGAAGAUAUCUCACAUGUUGAAACAUCUCUGAAUGAGGAAGAAAUGGAUUGUGAUUAAUAUUAUAUUGUUAAAGUCCAACCCACUUCUCCAAAAAAUGAAAUUGCAUGAGGGAAAUUAUUUGCCAAAGUUCUGCUUGCUGUGAAUUUAUAACAGUUUGUAACAGUUACAUUUAUUUUCAGAUAUGUAGGCUGAGCAUAGUGGCCGUUCUACAUUAAAUUCUCUAACAAAUCCCUCAAAGUUUAGUGCUCUCCAUUGCACUUUUAGAGAAUUUUAGCAUAAAUUCUUUUGUAAUCAUGUCUCUAUCCCAGCUAUUUGUA